AUGUCUGGUAAGCAACCAAUAACCAUUCUUACUGAUCAGUCUGCUGCCAUGGCUAAAGCAAUAAAAGAUGUUUUUCCACAAGCUACUCAUCGCUUAUGUGUUUGGCAUCUUUAUCAAAAUGCUGCUAAGAAUCUAAGUCAUGUCUUUCAUGGAUCUUCAGAAUUUAUUGAUGAUUUUAGCAAUUGUAUGUAUGACUAUGAGUUUGAGCAUGAGUGGCUAUUAGCAUGGAAUGAUAUGCUUGAGAAAUAUAGCCUCCAGGAAAACAAGUGGCUGAAUAAUUUAUUUGAAUUGCGAGAAAAAUGGGCGUUGGUGUAUGGGAGACAUACUUUCACCGCGGAUAUGAAAAGCACACAACGUAGUGAAUGCAUGAAUAAUGUGCUUAAGAAAUAUUUGAGGCCGGAGCAUAAUCUUUUGCGGUUUUUUGAACAUUAUGAAAGAGUUUUGGCUGAUCGAAGAUAUGAAGAGUUGAUUGCUGAAUACAAGAUGAUACAAACAACUCCUAUCUUAGCAGUAAGUGCACAUAUGCUGCAACAUGCAGCAGAGGUAUAUACUCCAAAGGUUUUCUUGCUGUUUCAAAAAGAAUUUGUGAGAAUUCAUAAUUAUAGUACUUACAAGGUUGGUAAGUCUGGGUCGACAUCAGAGUAUAUAUUAUCAUAUAGUUCUGAACAUAAUGAGCACUUGGUCAGAUAUGAAGAUUCAGCACAAAAUGUGCAUUGUAGUUGUAAAAAGUUUACUUUUGUUGGGAUUCUGUGUGCUCAUGCACUAAAAGUGCUUGACAAGAAGAAUGUGAAGAUGAUUCCACCGCAAUACAUUUUAAAGCGAUGGACAAGAGAAGCAAAAAUUAUGAGUAUUACUAGUUAUCAUGGAAAUGAGGUUCACGGUAAUCCUAAGGAAUCGAUUGGCAAACGGUAUGGCUACUUGUGCCGCACUUCUCGUGAUAUUUUAACUGUUGCAGCAGAUGAUGAAGAGUUAACAAGAUAUGCACAUGAAUGUUUGGUUGAGAUGCUCAAAGGCUUAAAGCUAAUAAAGAAAAAUCACAAUGAGAAAGAGGGGAGAAGUUCUGGUCAUAGUUCACAAGAUAAAACUACUUUUGGUGAAAGUGAAGAGGUUGAGGGAAUAGUUCAAUCUAAUGCUUGUGAAACAACAAUUGUGCGUGGAGUUAAAAGAAAAAGCUACAAUUGGUCGUCCACGUACCAGAUUCAAAGACCCGGCUGA